UCCAUAUAAUUCUUUUAAUUUACGGACAAAAAUAAUAAUUAGUUGAAAAUCAUGAGAAGUAGUCGUCUAAUUAUGAUUAAGAAAAGGCAAGCGCUUGAAGAAAGUAACGCUACAAAAACAGGGUUUGAUUCACAGAAAAGAAAUCCCUAUUUCUUCAAAAUCAUUGUUUCUCCCCUUGCUCAAAAAUCAGGAUUCCGGUGGUGUUUGUGAAGAAAUAUGGAGAACAAUUAUCUGAUGACGUGUACCUUAAUGUGCCAAAUUCUGAAAAACCAUGGAAAGUGGAAAUGAAGAAAGAAAACACUGAUAUGUCCUUAGGUAAAGGUUGGCAAGAUUUUGUGGAGUUCUAUAACUUAGAAUAUGGGCAUCUCUUGGUAUUUAGGCUAGAUGGGGGUCUGCAAUCACAUUUUUAUGUCGUUAUACUUGACAAGAGUGGUACGGAGAUAGACUAUCCUGUUCGAAACUCUCAUGUAUCAAAGAGAAGUGCUGACAGUAGGGAGCUUAAGAAUGGUGUUAGAGAAGAUCACAGCCAUCACACUGAGGAGGCCGAUGAUGUCUCCUUGGAAACGUUUGAUGAAUCCUCUCCAAAACUCAACACAAUCGACUCAGUUAUAAAUCUUGAUACAUCAGAUUCAGAUGAUGUAGAAGGUGUAAGCUUCAAUAGUAAAGGGAAUGAUGAAAUGAGGAAGAAAAAUCUCAAGAAAAAGCUUGAUGGCUUAAAAUCACAAUAUCCUCACUUCAAAUCCAUUAUGUGUCCUUCACAUGUUCGUAACAAAUACACCCUGAGUGUUCCAUUCAACAGCCAUGCUUCAACUUACUUCCCGAGUGAUAAAUCUGAGAAGAUCAUCUUGAAAGGGCCAACUGGUAAAAACCAUGCCGUCGGAUAUUAUUUAGGGAAGAAACAUGCACAACUUCUGAGCGGAUGGAAGCAUUUCGUGUGGGAUAAUCAUUUGAAGGUUGGAGAUGCAUGUAUGUUUGAGCUGGUCAGUCGUAAGCCCAAUUUUUACAAAGUUUCUAUACAUCGUGGCUAGCUAGCUAAGUAGUAAGGCAGGUUAAUUUUUGACAAUGUAGUCAUGUAGAGUUUUUGUGUAUAUUGUAGUUUGGUAAAGUUCUGAAGACCAAAACAAAGGGCAUAUUCAGACUAAUGUAAAGAAGUUGAAGAGUCUGAAGACUAUAUAAAUCAUGAGUCUCAGUAUAUUCAAAGUUCCCAACUAUGUUCCUGAUGCUAUUUGUCAAACGUACUUUUGUACAUUGUUAGUUUUUGUAUGUUAUAUACAAGUAUAUAUGAUCA